AUGAUCAAGUAUACGAAAACAUCUGAUUAUUUAGCUAGAUAUUCAAAUACACUACAUAUUGUAAUAAGGAAAAAAAAAAGAACCACAGUAUCAGUGAAGGAAUUAGACAUUGAAUUUGGUGUAGGCAUGAGAUUUUUGUCAUUAUUAAAACCAUCGGAUCAAAAUUCUUUUUUGCCACGUUUGUAUAGCCCAACAAUUUUAGUAGGAAUAGGAUUCGCCUCUGUAAUUCUCGUUACUCCACCGGCGACUCUUACCACAGGUGGAAUUGGUGCAGUCGGAUUAUUACUGGGAGUUGGAAUUGAUUUCCUCUAUUCUCUUACAAGAUCAAAGAAUAAUGUUGAAACAACAGCUAAUAAUAUCUCUAUCACCACUGGAAUGCCUAAAUAUGAUAAACCAACUAUUAAAAUUACUGAAAUUUACAAUAAUUUCUUAAAGGCAACAUCAUCAAACCCCAAUGCCAAUCCUCCAACAAUUGUCGCCAACGGAACCAAGGUUACAAGAGAGCAACUUAAUAUUCCAGAUCAUUAUACACUUCAUGUUGACUUUGGAGGUGAAGGAUACUAUAUUUACAAACAAGAUCCAAACCAUCCAAAAGCAAUGGGAAUUAUCUCUGGUUUCAGAAGUGCACUCAAUAUCAAUGUUCAAACCAAUCAAAGUCAGAAUACUUCUAGUUCCAUUCCAUAUUUGGUUCGUCUUUCGACAUGGAAUGAUACACCGACCAACAAAUUCACCUGUGAUGGAAAUUAUAAACUUCCAACAGAAUACCCAACAUGUACUAUUGGACUUUAUGAUGAAGCCGAAGGUACUUAUGGUAUGGCCAAGAUGUUAAUUGUUCACAACAGACCAACUGAAAUCAAUGAAUCAUCUUCAGAUUGUAUCUUUCAAUCGGAAACUGAAAUCAAAGAAUCUUCUGCCGACGAUUUUUAA